AUGUCGCAUCAGCAGCCUGCCGUCGUCCCUUCGUCGGGAGUAUCAGAUUCUCCCUCUGACACUGGCAGCUUCAAAGGCAAAAGCAAAGUCGAAAACGAUGGAUAUCCCAGCGAUUCAGUGCCUCCAACCGCACCAGCCCUGGCUGCUCAGCAGGGGCAGCGCAUGGAAGCGGCAAUGGGAGAUGCGAUUCUACGAUUUCUGCGAAUAAGAAAACCUCGAAGGAACGACACCUACGAUCUCGAUGCGGUCGCGACGCAGCCUAGCAUCUGGGACUCGCCCGACAUCGAACGAUACAAGGAACUGUAUAUCCACCCGCAGUGGGAGAACUGGUCGGCCUUUGAUCCCAACUUUCGUUGGACAUGGCGCGAAGAGAAUGCUGUUCGGCACAAAGUCGACUGGAAGAUCAUGGUUUGGAUGUGUAUCAUGUUUGCAGCGUUGAACAUCGACAGGAACAACAUCCAGAACGCUGUAUCGGAUAACAUGCUUGAUGAUUUGGGCAUUACGCAUGCCGACUAUAAUAUUGGACAAACCAUUUCCAGAGUUGGCUUCCUCGUUGCUGAGUUGCCCUCGCAGCUGAUCUCGAAGAGAAUUGGGCCCGAUAUGUGGAUUCCCAUCCAGCUUUGUAUCUUCAGUCUCAUCUCCGCGAUGCAGUUCUUUCUGAAAGGUCGUGCAUCAUUUCUUGCUACACGAUACUUGAUUGCUACAUUCCAAGGAGGCUUCAUUCCUUACUGGUACACUGGCACAAGGCUCCCAAUUCGACUAGCCUGGUUCUGGAUGUCGUCGCAACUCGUCGAUAUUGGAGUUGGUUUCGCUGCCGUCGGUAUGCUCUCCAUGCGUGGUAUGCUUGGAUAUGAAGUCCUAAUCGGGGUUGCAUCCUUCUUCCUGAUGCCGCAGUCGCCAGCGAAGACCAAGAGCUGGUGGAACCCGAAGGGCUACUUCACCGAGCAUGAACAGAAGAUUAUUGUCAACUCUGUUAUCCGCGACGAUCCUCAGAAGGGAGGCAUGUACAACAGACAAGGGUUGUCAGUGCGUCAAAUCUGGGAAUGCACCAAAGACUACGAUAUGUGGCCUCUCUACGCUCUCGGUCUUCUCUUCGGCCUGCCAAAGUACCCCGUCAACCAAUACCUCACAUUAUCCUUCCGUGGCCUGGGUUUCAACGUCAUCGAGACCAACCUUCUGUCGAUUCCAUAUAUCGUCGGCUCCUGCAUCACGAUGCUUGCCAUUACAGCGUUCAAACGCGGUUCGCUAACAGCACCCAGCACUCAUCCCAUCCAAGUCGCGUGGACGAGCAGAAAUGCGGGGUCUGUGCAGAACAGAACUGUCUCAGCAUCACUUUACAAUAUGUGGGUUCAAGUCAGUGGAAUGAUCGGAGCAAACAUCUAUCAGCCGAGUGACUCGCCACGAUACUUCAAAGCUAAUACAGGUUUACUCGUCAUUUGUGUAUGGAUGUGUCUCGUUCAAUAUCCUGGAACAUUCUUUUAUUACAGAUGGAGGAACAACCAGAAGGCUAAGAAAUGGGACGCCAUGACACCAGAGGAGCAGCAUCAAUACAGGACUACCACAACCGACAAGGGCAACAAGCGGUAA